CUCGCCGACCAGUAGGUGUCCAGCAGCAGGAUGGGCAGAGUGGAGCUGUCAGGCUGCCCCGCCCCUCUACCGGGCUUGCUCGCCGUAGCUGAGGGCCCGGGUCCCCAGCACCUAGGCUUCGCGGCGGGCAGUCCCGGAUGGCCCCUCCCGGAGGCCCGGAAAGGGGCGGGGCUCGGAUAGUUGGUGGAGAUCCAAAGACCGGUCAGGAUGUGGGCAUGGAGGGGCGGAGUCUGGCGGCGGGGCGGGGACAGAGCUGGGCUCGCCGGAGAGAGCGCGAGAGCUGGGCUGCCGUGGAGACAGAGCUCCGGGCGUGGUGGGCGGAGCCUGACGGGGCGGGGCGGGGCUUGCGUCGGGCUGAUCCCGCGUUGCGGUCGCAUUCCUCUUCCAGGUUCCCUUCCGAGCGCCCCGCCGACUCUCCGCCGCCUACACUUUCCGCCCGACGACGGUUUUUCAGUGCGACGGUCGCCGCGGUCCACCGUCGCGCGGACAUCGCAGCACCCGAGACCGCAAAGUCGGACCCUAACAGGGACCUGGGCAUGCCGGUGGAGGCGGGCGCGGAAGGGCUGCCCCCCUGGAAAGGGGAAGCGGGGCCGGGCUGGGGGCUUGGAACCCUCCCACCCCUCGCCCCCGGUAGUUUGCAGGUGCAGGUGACGGCCGGUGGUUCAGGGGGAGCACCUCCGAGUGGGUCCCUGGAAACCGCAACCGGAGAACUGCGGGCAACCGGCCCCGUUUUGCAGAUGGGGAAACUGAGGCCUCUUCAAGAUCACUCGCCCUUUUGGAAUUUGCUCCAGCCACUUGCUGCAGCCCCUGUGGAGACGGAGGCUCCUGAGGGGAUGGGGCGGGUGGACGGUCUUAGCUCAGCAGGAGGGCCUGUCUGGGUGGGCGAAGCCGCCCUGCCCAGUCAGCAUCUCCAGCCACCUUUGCGGGUGUGACCCGGAGCCUUGGCGAAUGUGACCUGCUUACAGAGCAGCCUGUUACCUGCCCAGCACUGCGGGGGAGGAUGGGGAGUGUAGGGAGGGAUAUGGACAGAGAACCAUCAGCUCUUUUUCAUCUUUUCCAGCCUGUUUUCCAUAUCUGUAAAAUAAGACUAAUGAUUAGUGUCUCCUGCAUUGCCAUGUGUCAGGAUUUAAUGGGAAAAUGAAUGAAUGGAGAGAGGCUGGAGGCUAGAGAGGCUUGUACCCUAGAGACUCAUAUUUUUUGCACACCCGGCAUCUGCUCCACUUCUGCCAAAUAGAGAAUGGAAACCCAGUGACCAGCACCUCCACCAAAAUACUUGGCAGAAUUUUCGUUUGGUCCUCUUGGUCAAGAUUAGGCAGGAUGUUAGGGCAGGCUCACUGCCCUUGACCCCUACACUGCUGCUUUCUUCAUUCAUUCAUUACAGCCCCCUGUUUCUGGAUAGCAUUGAGCAAAGAGCCCUGCUUAAUGCCCAGGGGACCUCAGCGUUUGGCUUUGAUAUUCCUUUUCUAUCUUUGUUUCUAUUUUCUUAAUUUCUGCUCUCCACGUUCUCGUUCUGGUGGUGUUUUUUGUUUGUUUUUGUUUUUUGUGGGUUUUGUUUUUUUGUGGUUUUUUUUUUGCAUUUAUUUUAUGGUUCCUUUUCUAAACCUUUACUCGGGACACUUCACUCAUUCCUUUGCAGCCUUUUCCUGAAGCUUAAGACUACGCACGUGCCAUGUUUGUUGUGACCCCAGCCAGGGAUUCAAGCUCAGCUUCGCGCUACAUCUGGCUGACAGAGGGAGCACUCUUCAAAACGUCCAGGCUGCUGUUCAGCCAGGAUUGCUUUUUUUCUUUUUUUAAGACUUUAUUUAUUCAUUUGAGAGAGAGGGAGAGCACAGAGGGAGAGUGAGAGGAAGAAGCAGACUUCCUAAUGAGCAGAGAACCCAACGUGGGACUGGAUCCCAGGACAAUCCCAGGACCCCAGGACGCUGAGAUCAUGACCUGAGCCAUCCAGGCACCUCACAAGAUUGCUUUGUUUCUUUUUUACUACUUUUUUAAAAUGUCUUAACGGUUAGUGUACUAAUGUCUGAUUUUCAAAGUGUAUAAAUUAAAUAUGUACAUUACUCUUCAAAAGCAAACAAAACAAAUCUUGGUAUAGCCCAGAUUUUUUUCCUUUCUUAAAGACUGACAGCGUUCUAAUUCCUGAUUCAUAAUCUGACACAGUGCAUUCGGUUUUCAACUUUCUAUGAGAAGAAGAAAAUUAUUCUCACAACUCACCAGUAUUUUAAUAGUAGAAGGCAAAUAUUCAAAACUAAUGGUCUUUCCAUUCAUUUUCUUCUCCUUUUUUUUUUUUUUUUUUUUGGUCUUGUCUUUGCCUCUUCUUAUUGGACCUUUUAAAUGAGUUGGGAUUUGGGUGUGCCUGCGUGGCUCAGUGGGUUAAAGCCUCUGCCUUCCUCUCAGGUCAAAAUCCCAGGGUCCUGGCUCUCUGCUGGGCGGGGAGCCUGCUUCCUCCUUCCUCUCUGCCUGCCU